GUUCCAUCACAUAAUGAUGAGUCCACACAUUAAGAAACAGCCUCUGCAUCACUUUGUACAAAGGCCGCUUUUCUCACUACCUGCAACUUUGUAUGUCACAGGCAGUUAUUCAGGAUUGAAGGAGUAAAAAGUGUCUUCUUUGGACCAGAUUUCAUUACUGUUACAAAGGAAAGUGAAGAGUUAGACUGGAAUUUAUUGAAACCAGAUAUUUAUGCAACAAUCAUGGACUUCUUUGCAUCUGGCUUACCCCUAAUUACUGAGGAAACAUCUUCAGGAGAAGCAGGAUCUGAAGAAGAUGAUGAAGUUGUGGCAAUGAUUAAGGAAUUGUUAGAUACUAGAAUACGGCCAACUGUGCAGGAAGAUGGAGGAGAUGUCAUUUUUAAAGGUUUUGAAGAUGGCAUUGUACAACUGAAGCUCCAAGGUUCUUGUACCAGCUGCCCCAGUUCAAUCAUUACUCUGAAAAAUGGAAUUCAGAACAUGCUGCAGUUUUAUAUUCCAGAAGUAGAAGGUGUAGAACAGGUCAUGGAUGAUGAAUCAGAAGAAAAAGAAGCAAACUCACCUUAAAAUAAUCUGGACUUUCUUUGAGCCCACAGAGGUGUAUAUCUUGAUAAUAUAUGCACUAAUCGUUUAUUAUUAAUCUGCUAAAGAACUUGACAAUUAAUAAAAUAUGUCCUUCUUUAAAGAAUGAUAUAAAUACUGCA